AUGGACCCUCUCUCGGCCCUUUCGCUUGCCUGCAACGUGAUUCAACUUGUGGAAUGGUCAAUCGAAGGUGCCAGAACCUGCAAAGAGCUCUGCGAUAAUGGGAGCCUUGAUGACAACAAUCGGGUCGAGAAGUAUACCCUAGAGGUUGCUGCCGCAAACAAAGAGGUGCAGACGGCUUUGCAAAGCGCGAAGUCAUCGGGGGGUACCACAAGGGUGCAACGCAUCGCCCAAGAUGCGUCGUCGACCGCCAAUGAGCUCAAGAUCGUACUCAACAGGCUGAAGUUGUCAAAGUCACAGGGCAUCAAAAAGAUCGGAGGCGCCUUCAAGACUACGCUGAAGACUCUGAUAAGUAGCGGCACAAUCAAAAAGCUCCAACAAAGACUUGAGCUGCAGGAGAAGGCAUUGCGGUCCACCAUUUUGAAAGACUUGUAG